GGACACGCAUUUCCGGCGACGCUUGGGUGCUGACCUCUCCACAGAGCCCAGUGCAGCCCAGCGGAGCACAGCGAAGCGAGCGCAGCGCAAUGGAUAGUCGGGUGCAGCUGAUAAAGGCCCUUCUGGCCUUGCCCAUCCGGCGCUCCAGGCGUCGGUGGAGGAACCCAAUUCCCUUUCCCGAGACGUUUGACGGCGAUACCGACCGGCUCCCGGAGUUCAUCGUGCAGACGGGCUCCUACAUGUUAGUGGACGAGAAGACGUUCUCCAGCGACGCCCUGAAGGUGACGUUCCUCAUCACCCGCCUCACGGGGCCCGCCCUGCAGUGGGUGAUACCCUACAUCAAGAAGAACAGCCCCCUCCUCAAAGAUUACCGGGGCUUUCUGGCCGAGAUGAAGCGGGUCUUUGGAUGGGAGGAGGACGAGGACUUCUAGGCCGAGACACCCUCGGGCCUGGGGGCGGGUGCUCUGGGGAGGGUCCUCUGUGCCAGUUGCUGCUGCCAGGGUCGCCAGCAGCGCCCUCCCGCCACACCUCCCUCCCCACAUCUGGAGUCGCCUGAAUCUCCCCUGCCUUGCUGUCCCCUCCCGCAUUGUGCUUGCCUUUGUUCCAGGAAUAGCGCUCCAGGCUGGCGCUGCUUCCUCUGGGCCUCACUCUGGAGAGCGCCGCCGCCCUCUCCUGCCAGCCCAGCCCCUCCCAUGCACAUUUGGACGUUGUCCUGUGCUCCAGCUGCAAGCUGGGCUCCUGUUACACACUGGACAGACCACCCGCAGCCGGUCGCUGCCCACGGCCCCCCUGCCAGAUUACUGCGUCUUUCUGCCCACACACCUGCGCUGUCGCUGCUACUGCUGUCGCUAUCCACUGCGUCCUACUGCCAGACUGCCGCCUUUUGUGAUCUGGACUCACCUCGAAGG